AGUAGACCAGUACUGCAUACCUGCACAGAGGGCACUGGAGCAACGUUCUGCUGAACUUCUCUCUGCCUGCGUCGCUGUAUCUGUGGUUCAGGAAGUUACUGUUUGUAGAGCAGACAUGUCAGUCACACUGUUUAUUACCAACGUGAGCAGUUCCGUGAAGAUCAAGAAGGAACAGGAAAGAAUCAUUAAUGUCCUGGAAUCAAAGAAGAUCCCUUUCAAAUGUGUGGACAUAUCCCAGAAUAACGCUGACAAGGAUAGAAUGAGAGAGAUCGCAGGGAACCCGACUGCACUGCCACCUCAGAUAAGCAACGACAAGCACUACUGUGGAGAUUUCAAUGCCUUUGAGGAGGCAGUUGAAGACAACAACCUUAUGAAAUUCCUCAAACUAUAAAAGGACCAACGGCCAACCAGCCCAUCUCUAUGACUCCCGCUAAUAUUCAAACAUACAACUACAAUGAUCUACAAACCAACACGUUCAUGUUUCAGUAUAGAUUUGAUUAAAAUGAUGAUGACAACUGCUUUAUGUAUGUCUUUGAGUAGUAAUGGUCAGUGCUAAAAAUAUAUAUUAUUCUGGUUUAUGAUCAUGUUUGUACAACAUUUCUAUUAGGCAAAUGGGAAUUUUUAGGGUUGCUCAUAAGUACAAUAUGUAGAGUAAAAUAAAAAUGCUAUUGUUUGAAACAA